AUGUUCUGUAUUGAUCCUUGCUUGCUGGUGCCACUACAACUACUUUUCUACGCAUUUUAUCGGCUUAUUCGCGUCAUUAUAUUAGCGGAAUCUGAUUUAUUCACUUUGAUUAGGAAGCUGUCACAACCAGAGCAGAUAGGAAAUGUUGAAUUCUUCAGCAUAAUCACGAGGUACCGAUUAGAAGAUACUGAUAUAGCUCAGGAGUAUGAUUUUCUCAUAUUUAAUGACGGGUUUGGAAAUCUGAACGACCUCAAGGACAAUAAUUGGAUGAUCUACACGAUAACAGACCGAUAUGUGUACUUUGUACGGAUUCCAGCUAGUACAGCAUUAUCAAUAAGCAACGCACCACGCUUGACUUCUGCACUGCACUCCUAUUCUGAUCGUGCCGCUAGAAUGGAUAUAAAUAUAUUUACUCAUGAAGUGAGAUCGUCAAUAUCGCCUUCAAAAGGGCGCGUUGUAAUGCUGCACAGUUCACCGUGUUGCGGUGGAAGCAUGUUGGCUCGACUGCUCGAUUCGGUUGAUCAAUCACAGGAAUUAUUGCUCGUCCACAGUGAGCCACCAUUCCUAAGCGCGCUUGCUGUGCUCGUCAAUAUCGUGUCGAUAGAAACAAUUCGAUCGGUAACAAAUGCUGCACUACGAUUCACGAUGCAGCAUUUGCAGAGUGACCAGAUCCUUGUCAUGAAAACGAGAUCAUGCUGUGCUAAGAUAGUGCCAUAUGUGCAUGCUUCCACGCCAUCUAUACAGCAUUUAUUCGUUACAUCAAGAGAUCCUACUCUUGGAAUACCCCGACUUAUAUCGGCAACUUCAGCAAAGAUGCCAGUUUUUGAAAUAGCAUGUAAUCUGCUUUCCUACUCAUCUAUACUGUGCGAUUUCUUUACAAGCUGGAGGCUACUUGAGCCGGAAAUGGUCAGAAAAAUUGGUCCCACAACUCCGUUUGAGUUCGCUUUGGCCCAAAUAAUGGGCUGCGUAAUUAGCUAUCAACGAACUUUGAAGUAUUACGCUUUGGAAACGAUUUAUGCUGAAGACUUGAUGAACGAUCCGGACGCAGUAAUGCGACCAAUCUUGGAUGUCUGUGGAUACUCUCAUUAUACCCUUAAUGGGUGCAAAGGAUGCAUAAGUGAGGAACAAAAGAGAAUAGAAUUUACACCCACAACUUCCCUCAGUGAAACUCAGCGAAUAAGAGUAAAAUUAUUAGUUGACUAUUUGCAGCAAGAUUGGUGUAGGUGAUAAGAUUGCUACAAUAAAGCUUUAUGAC